ACGUUUUUGUCAUCUCAGGAGUGGUUGAGGAUGCUUCAACUACUUCUUGUUACGCAAAGCAAGGGAAAUUCAUGAUGAUCAACUCAAGGUGUAUUAAGGGUAUAAGCAUAUUGGGAGGCGAAGCGAUAAGCAAUCUCGAACCGACGCCUUUGAAUAUGGACAGAGUGAAGCAACGAUAUGCGAAGGCCGUCAAUAAGGCGAAGGAAGAAGCGGCUAAGAUAAACAAAAACGUUUCACAAGAGGACCAAUCAAUCUUUAAUGCUAUUAGUAAAACGCUGCCAUGUGCGUGGGACGACAGAAAUAUUAUUGUGCUAGACACGAUUACAAUCACACCACCAUACACCCCAGAUGACUGUUCUGGAGAUAACAUAUACAUGCUACAACGGGUCCAGAAAGUGAUCGGACACGAGCGCGCCAAAGGAUUUCAGAAAUAACGGCACUCAAAACAAUAAAAAUGAAUAAUGCAUCACUCCCACCCGCGUAGCGUCCACUUGCGACGACCUUUUUAGAUUGAAAUAAAUCGGUAGGUGGUAAAACGGAAUGGGUAUUACACCCGUGUUGCCACGUGGGUCAAUUGU